UUCCGGCGCCGUCGCGGCUCAUUUCUUGCUGCCGCCAUGCUCGACUUCUUCACCAUUUUCUCCAACGGCGGACUUGUGCUCUGUGAAGUAGAGGAGAGCCGUAAGAUCUGUGCUCCCACUACCAUGAAGAAAUUUGAGAAUUCCGAAAAGGCCAAGAAACCGUUGAGAACCAUGAUUGAAAUAAGGGUUGGGGAGAAGCCCAGAGAAAAAGCAAAGAACAGCAAAAAAGGCAGGGGAGUGGCAAGAAGGAAGGUAUGUUUGAGCUCCUUGGACAUGCAUGAAAGGUGUUAACAUGGCACUAAGGACUGAUGCGCUCCUUCCUUUCAUCAUUGCUUGCUUAACUCUGACUCACAUGCUCACCAUGCUAUCAUCUCCAGGCCUUGUCAUCUGAAACAUAAAU